UACGUCGCGCUCGUCGCCGUGCAGCUCUCCUACUGCGUCUGGCACGUGCUCGGGAAGAUCGCCCUCAACGGCGGCACGAACCCCUUCGUGCUCGCGCUCUACCGGCAGGCGGGCGCGUGCGCGUGCCUCGCCGCGCUCGCCCGGUGCGCGGACUUCCCCCGCGGCGGCCUGGUGCGCGCGGCGCUGGCCGUCUCCGCGCGGGACCGGCGACGCUUUCUCGCCCUCGGCUGCCUCGGCUUCGGGAACAUCUUCGGAUUCGUCGUCGCGCUGAGCUACGUCACGGCGUUCAACUCCGCGCUCCUGCACCCGGUCAUCCCCGUCAUCGCGGCGGCGGCGGCGGCGGCGUCGGGCGUCGAGCGGCUGACGUCGCGCGUCGCUUUCGGCGUGGGCCUCGCGGCCGCGGGCGCGCUCGUCGUCGUCGUCUUCGGGGUCUCCGGCGGCGGCGGCGGCGAGGCGAACGCGGGCGCGUCGUCCGCGUCCGUCGUGCUCGGCAACGUGAUCUUAUUGGGGCAGUGCGUCUGCAUGGGCUGCCUCCUCGUGCUCCAGAAGGCUUUGAUCGAGUCGACGCGGCUCCCGCCGACGACGACGACGCUGUUUUACAAUCUGAUCGCCGCGGCGAUCGCGCUCGUCGCGACGCCGCUGCUCGUCGGCGACGACGCCGGCGCCUACGUCUUCGCGUCCUGGGCGCCCGUGGCGGCGACGCUCUACGGCGCGGUCUUCGGGCUGUGCUUUGUGUACGUGGUCUUGGGUUGGGCGACGGCGCUCACGUCGCCGACGGUCGUGUCGCUGUCGAUGACGCUCCAGCCGCCGCUCAACGCGCUCCUCAGCGUCGUGUUCAUGGGGCGGCGGUCUUUCACGGCGGGCGAGGUCGCCGGCGGCGUCCUGAUCAGCGCGGGCCUCGCGGUCACGGUGCUCGGGCGGCGGCGGGACCGC